AUGGGAUCCCCAACGUCUCCGCAUGGGAAACUUGCCCAUUUGGACGACCAGAAUGGGGACAUAGAAGUGAUGCGUUGUUCCUUACCUCCGCACAGGGAACAUGUCUCAUUUUCGUCAUAUGAAGACUAUGAAGUCCAUUAUGCUCAAGAACAUGUCAACCGAUGUUUGGAGUGUGGGAAGAAUUUUCCUACUGGACACUUUCUUACCCUUCAUAUCGAGGAACUGCACGAUCCAAUCAUUGUUUCGCGCAGAGAACGGGGCGAGAAGACGUUUUCAUGUUUUGUUGAAGGUUGUAAUCGGAAAUGCUCGACAAGUCGGAAGAGAAGACUCCACCUUAUUGACAAGCAUCAAUUCCCGAGGCUGUAUAACUUCUCCAUCGUCAACACUGGUAUCGAUCAGUAUAACUCAAUGCUCAGAGGCGGCAUGGCGCCAACUCACCGCCGGCGGGUCUCAGUGCCCAAUUCAGUACAACAUGAGAAUCGCCUGCGACGACGAAAGCUGUCCCAAUCGACAAAUGGAGAAAGUGCUAACAAUGUCGAACCGCCAUCCAAACCCAGCAACAUCAGCGCCGAAGCAACUAUCUGCACAAACCUGAAUAGCGCGGCGGGAGGUAUUCAAUUACCUCUGCACGUAAAACCCGGCCCCGUAAGUGUGACAGCAGCAGCAGCCACGAGCAAACCAAAGCCAAACGGUGACAUUAAUGACAAGGGAUCUGAUAUUGAGGAAUUGGAGAAGUCGAUGUCGGCCCUCAUCUUUGUCCCGACGAGCGUUGCUCUGAGGAUGGAUGGAACAAAACAACGACCUAAACAGGGGCGAUAA